AUGCUGAACCUGUUCCGCUCAGCGCCGAGCAGCGGUUCCUCGACCGUCGCACGUGCGCUGCACACUACACCGGCGUCACGCGCCAUCUCCCGCGCCGCCCACGCGCGCCAGGUCCGCGCCCGCAACCAGGCCCGACGCGCCGAGCUCGACGCCGAAGCCUCCUCCACCCGCGCCCACGUCGUCCUCGGCACCCGGCCCGGCUCCUCCCUCUGGGAACAGUCCGACCUCAACUCCAUCCUCGUCAAGCCGUCCGAAUUGACCUCCUCAUCUGAGAGCGUUCCCACCGUCACGGGCGACAAGGUCGACCUACCCGCCGCCAGCGCCUUCGGUCUCGGCCCGGGCGAAAACGCCCUGUUGUUCGAGCAUUUGCCGGUUGCGGCGGCAGAUAUGAGCACCGCGUUCUCGCUUGCGGGGGGCAAGGCGCUUAUAACGAAGCCGAAGGACAGAGAGUGGAGGUAUAACGACCUUGCCGCUCAGGCUGCGACAGCUGCAGGGACUAUGGCGAAGUUGGUCGACUUGAGGAAUGCGAACGCACGAGGUGUUGCGUUUGAGAAUAGGCGGAGGAUUGUGAGGGCGUUUGCGGGCGAGGGAAGGAGUUACAACCCCGGUUUGCCGGAAUGUCAGGCGGCGCUAUUGACAUACAAAAUUCGCAAUCUUUGGGAUCACCUCAUGCGCGUCCCACGCGACGUCGCGAACAGGCGUAAUCUCCGAGCACUCGUUCACCAACGUGCGAAGAUACUGAAGUACCUCAAGCGCGUCGAUCGCGAGAGAUACCGUGUCUGUCUACAGCGCAUAGGCGUAGAGGCAGCGGCCGUGGAGGGCGAGCUUACCGUAUAG